CUCCCUUCUUCCUCCCUCUGAAGAAGCGAAGAACCCCUCUUUCUCUCUGUUUUCAGUUCCUUCUCGGCUGCUUUCAGAAUUCUUACUCUCUCUAAUUUUAUAACAAAUCGAGCAUCUGGGUCUCGUGAUUGUUUCUCUUAAGAGCUUACAAAAAAAAAAAAAAGAUUGAAUCUUGAUAUAAGUAUUUCAAUGGCGACGGAGGGCGAGGCAGACGAACUGUCUUCGAGAAGAAACAUCUAUCCGAAAGAUUUCCUCCGGAGAUUCACCGGAGAAGUCACCGGCGAAAAGACGGCGGAUGUCGCCGGAGCUGACACGGGUGAGGUUGAGCUGAGCCUCGGCCUCUCUUUAGGGGGUUGCUUUGGAGCAGAACCGAAAAGACUGGCUCGGGCCUCGUCGAUCUCGACGCUUUCAAUGUUCUCUGUCGAGCGCUCUGAGGCGCUGACGAGGACUUGGUCGAUGCCAUUGGAGAGCGAGGAGGAGGGUAGGAAGAGGAGGGAGAUGCAGAGCUUGAAGAGGAUGGAGGCUAAGAGAAAAAGAUCGGAGAAAAGAGCGGCGGUGACUAAAGAUCUGAAGGAGGAGGAUUUUGAUGAGGAUUUCGUGAAGGUGAAUGGAUUUGUCGCUCCUGCUGAGCUGCCGAGAUGGCCGCCUCGGCCGGCUUCGCAGGGGUCUGUUGGCUCGCAGGGGAGUAGCUCUUCGGUGGUUUCGGAUUUUGGGAGGAUAGUGAAUCCAAUGCAAGGUACCAGUGGCUCUGGAUCAAAGAAUUGUGUAGAUCUUCAAACCUCCAUAAAACCUGCAAACCCCUCAGCAGGAGGAGAAGAAAACCCAUCAAAGAAGAGGAGCUGCACAGUGAACGACGGAGUGAAGGAGAUGGAGAGGAGCAUGAUGGAAGAAAUGCCAUGCGUGUCCACAAAGGGAGACGGUCCCAACGGAAGAAGGGUCGAGGGUUUCCUUUACAGGUAUCGGAAAGGGGAGGAAGUGAGGAUUGUGUGUGUUUGCCAUGGCACUUUCUUGACGCCGGCGGAGUUUGUGAAGCACGCGGGAGGCGGUGAUGUUGUGCAUCCCCUCAGGCAUAUUGUUGUUAAUCCUGCUCCAUCGGCCUUCUUGUGACACCUUGGUCUUUUCUGAGAAAGUAUUGGCAUUAAUGACGCAUCAAAGAGAUAUCAAUCACCGAACUCUUGAAUGAACUCUUGAGUAUGUCGUCAUUUUCUUUGCCAGGAUAUUGGAUGACAAUUGUCAUCGGUAGUAUGGGAAAAAUUGUAUUUACUCGAAAGGGUGGAGGGAAGAAGGAUAUUAGCCAAUGAAAAAACAAAAGAAAAGGUUCUUUCUUUCUUUUUUUUUUCUUUCCCUUCGUUUUUUCUAGUUCGUGGUAAGAGUUGUGUUUGUGCCUCUUCUUUUGGAAAUGGGAUUUUUUUUUUUUUUU